ACCAGGAGAGCUCCCAGUGGACGUCAGCUGGCUGAGCAGAGCAGCAGGAGAAGAAGGAGAAGGUGUUACUGCUGGAGACAUAUACUGUUUUUUUUGGGCGGGGAGGAAUCACACUAUAAGUUUAAGUGUAGACAUGUUUGACACUUCUCACUAUCCAUUCAACUGUUUCAACUAUGAUGGAGACGCGUACGCUUCCUGUAGCACAGACCAGGAGAAGAAGAUGUGCCGGCCCGCCUACAGCUACAUUGCCCUGAUCGCCAUGGCGAUCCAGCAGAGUCCCGAACAGAGGGUUACCCUGUCAGGCAUCUAUGAGUUUAUCAUGAGGAGGUUCCCAUACUACCGCUCCAACCAGAGAGCCUGGCAGAACUCCAUCAGACAUAACCUAUCGCUCAACAGUUGCUUCAUCAAGGUUCCCAGGACGGAGGGAAACGAGAAAGGAAAAGGAAACUUUUGGACUUUUGCCACAGGAUGCGAAUCCAUGCUUGACCUCUUUGAAAACGGCAACUUCCGGCGUCGGAGGCGCAGGCGGAACAUGAAAAUCAGCCUUCGCGAUUCAGGAGAGGCUCCGCUCCGGCCUGCGGAAAGCCAUGGCAAGCAGCUCGCGCCUGCGGUCCGCCGCCCCGAGGCGGACUCUACCCUUUGCCCUUUAAACCCCGAGAGGCCUCGGCCGUGCCCCACGCCUAACCCUCUCGCCCCGAAACCGGAGUCGGAGAUCAAGUUCAGCAUUGACUACAUCCUGUCUACGCCGGACCCACCCGUGCCUGGGAUCAGAUCCUCCCACAUAAGCCCUGUGCACAUAGGCCCGGCAGGACCACACAUACAUGUUCUGGAGCCCCAACACCUGAACCUGCACUUCUGGACCCUGUGAGGAGCGGAACCGGUCAAAACUGGCACAAACUGGGAGGACGUCCAAAGACAAUAGUCAUUUAAUUGACUUGAAACUGUAAUUAAAUGAGCGACAAAAUAGAAAGGUACAGUUCAAUAUGUUGGCUUGCAACACAGAAAGACAAAAAGAAGAACACUGAAUUCAUAUUGUCAUUCAUGCAUACGGUAUGCACAGAGCAGCGUGUGACCGUCAACGGUAGUCUUCCAUACACAUACUGUACAUGAGAUGAAAUACUGUGGGGUUUUUUUACAUUUACUGGAUUAUUUUGCAUCAAAAACCUUUAUUUUCGUCCUCCUUUCACCAAAGCAUUGUUUAAAUGAACAUUUUGCAGAUUUUUCAAUUACUGUCUUUUGUUGACACAAAGUCAAACGGAACAAAAGGCAAAAUAUCUGCGGAAAAUGUUGACGGUUAUCAAUUGUAUACCAUGUUCAAAAGAUAAAAUGUCAAGGUUUUCCCAACAUUCACACAUAAACUGUACUGUACACAUGGUUUAAUUACUGGCAGUACAUACAAGAUGCGACUGAAGUUAUUCACAUAGGUAAUUAAAAAACAUUUUUUUUUUUUUAUACUAAGGUAAACGGUACUGAGACUUUAAUGUGUUGAGACAAAUUAAAACCUAUAAAAUCAUACAAAAAGCUGAGUCUCAUAAAAUAUUCAAAAUCAACUAUUUUCCAGAACCAGUGAAAUCAUUUUCAUACUUAUUUUGAACAUACUAAAAUAUAAACAGUAUAUAAUAGUUUUUGGGCAGCAUGGUGUAAUAUGGUGGUUAGCACAUUUGCCUCCCAAUUCUGAGGUUCUUUGUCUGAAUCUCGGCUAAUUCCUUCCUGUGUGGAGUGUGCAUUUUGUCCCCGGGCUUGCAUGGGUUUUCCCCGGGUACUCCGGCUUCCUCCCAAAUUCCAAAAACAGGAAUAAUAGGAUCAGUGGAGAUUAUAAAUUGUCAUUAGGUGAGUGUGUGAGUAUGUGCACUGCUCAUUUGUGACCCUGAUAAGGACAAGCACUAAAUUGAUGGAUAAAUGUUAGUUUCCUACUAAAAACAGUGGACUACAUUUUGUAUGAAAUUCUGCUAGGAUCCUCAUUCUUCAUGUCAGUACAUUUUGGGUAAAUUGUGUCAAAAGUGGGGUCUAGUGGUACAUUUGCUUGACUUCAGGGCAGGCCGCGUGAUUCCGUUUCCACUUAGUGAUGGUGCGAACGUGAGGGUCAAUAGUGAUCUUUCUCUACUCUAUAUGUGGCCUGUGAUUGACUCAAAACGUAGCUGACAACCUAAACACAAAAGCGACAUGAAAGUUGUUUAUGCUGAAAACUGUGCUAACAAACAAAUCGAACCUUUUAUGCCAUCCUUGUGCAAUUUUGAACAUGUUACCAAAUUACAGUACUUCCUCCACUAAGGCGACAUAGCAAAAUAUGUUCAUACUCUUGACUAUUCCAUGCAGAACAAGUUGUAGAUAUCUAUCAAUACUUAUCAAUAUCAAGCCAUCCAUUUUCCAUAGCUUGCCCUCAUUAGGGUUGCAAUUUAGAUGGAGCCUAUUCCAUCUGAUUUUGAGCAAAGGGGAAAUUGCCUACAGUGUGUUGACAAACAAACAUUCACACCAAUAGGUAAUUUACUCUUCAAUGAACUGGUUUUGGAAUGUGGAAGAAAUGGUGAAAAUACACACCACACAGGUGGCCCUGAACUGAGAUUCGAACCCAGAACCUCUUGAAUGUGAAGCACACAUGCUUUCCCCUUUUCGCCGGGGUGCCCAUACGGAUUAAUAUACAGCGGUGCCUUGAGAUACGAGUAAUUUGUUGCAUGAAAGUUGAAUCGUAAAUGAUCAUUUCCCAUUGAAAUGAAUGGAAAUAGCAUUAUUCCGUUACAGCCUUCCCCCUGAAAGAAAUAAAAAAUAAAAUUGCUAUAACUUGUACUUUAAUGAGUAAAAUAGCACUCCAUUACAUUGUACUUCAUAAAAACAUACAGUAAUGGCAUAAGUAAAAGGAAUUAAAAAUAAUUAAGCCGUUUUUGUCACACUGCAUCAGUCGAAUGGCCAUUGUGCUGCUCUUUCUGGUGUGCCCGCCUUGCCCACCUGGGGACAGUAGAAGCCAGACAGAGAUACUAUAUACCGAUAUACUGUUCAUUGAGAUGGUCCACUCUUCAUAGUUCAUCAGUACGCCACUAAUAUUAGUUGUUCUAUGCAUAGGAUAAAGAACAUAUGACUGAGUAGUGUUAUAUUUUCAGUAAAUCUGAUGCUGCACCAUUUGUGUUCAAUCUGUUGCUUAAAGGGUUAUAGCACCACAACAUCCAAGUUGAUGCUAUUCGGUGGUAGCAUUAAGCUAGCAGACCGAAAGGUGAAGCUAUGUGGUUUUAAAUACACAAAGUGGAAUUUGCUUUGUUUGAUGUUUAGUUUGACAGUAAACUUCAACAGGGAGUGUCAAUAAACAGCUUGAGGCCUCUUUUUUGAAAAUGUGUUCACUACUUGCCAAACUGCUGCUUAAUGUGAAAUCUCUGCCACCAUA